GACGUCAACCUUUCAAGGGCAAACGUCAAUUUUCUUUUCAUUUAGAACGCCAAACCGUUGUUGGUUUGGGCGCCAAGAAAGUUAAAAUAAUUAGUUAUAGUGAUUUAAAAUAAGACCUCAUACUAAAAUGGAAACUAUGGAAAUAGCCCCCCUCCAGACCAAUCACAUCUCAAAAGAGGAAAGGAUGGAAGACAUCCCCGCAGAAGAAAUGACCUCACGGGACUACUACUUUGAUUCCUAUGCUCAUUUCGGUAUUCACGAAGAAAUGUUGAAGGACGAAGUAAGAACGUUGACGUAUAGGAACUCAAUGUACCACAAUAAGCAUCUUUUUAAUGGAAAAGUUGUCAUGGAUAUCGGUUGUGGAACAGGGAUUCUUAGUAUGUUCGCUGCUAAGGCUGGGGCCAAGAAAGUUAUUGCUGUAGAGUGCUCGAAUAUUGUUGAAUAUGCCACAAAAAUUAUUGAAACAAAUAAGUUGGAUCACAUCAUAACUAUUGUUAAAGGAAAGGUAGAGGAAAUAACUCUUCCUGAUGGCAUAGAAAAAGUGGACAUAAUCAUCUCCGAAUGGAUGGGUUACUGCCUCUUCUAUGAAAGCAUGUUAGAUACAGUUCUUUUUGCCAGAGAUAAAUGGUUGAAACCCGAUGGUCUGCUGUUUCCUGAUAGGUGUUCCCUGUACAUCACUGCAAUCGAAGAUCGGCAGUAUAAAGAUGAAAAAAUCAACUGGUGGGAUGAUGUGUAUGGUUUUGAUAUGAGCUCUAUCAGAAAGGUGGCUAUUAGUGAGCCUUUAGUGGAUGUAGUGGACCCCAAACAAGUAGUAUCCGGCCCAGCCCUAGUGAAAGAAGUCGACUUGUACACUGUCAAAAAGGAAGACCUAGAGUUCUCAUCCAAUUUCACUCUGGGGGUCCGUAGAAACGACUACGUCCAAGCCCUGGUCACCUACUUCACUGUCGAAUUCACCAAAUGCCACAAACGAAUCGGCUUCACCACUGCCCCCGACGCUCCUUACACCCACUGGAAGCAGACGGUGUUCUAUUUCGAAGACUACAUGACUGUUCAGAAAGGCGAAGAGAUCCACGGUACCUUCACCAUGAAGCCCAACCCGAGGAACAACAGAGACUUGGAUUUUGUUAUAAAGCUGGACUUUAAAGGUGAAUUGGGGGAAGUACACGAAGAAAACCGUUACAGGAUGCGUUAAGAAGUCUCGUGGGGUUUCCUUUAGGAUUUAAAAACUAUUUGGUCACGCUGUACGCAAGUAUAUACGGAACGUUCAACUUAAAGUGAUAAUAAGUAUUAUUUUCGUACUGUUUGUCUCUGAAAAAUUUAGCUGGACGUUCUGUAUAUAGGUUUAAAAUUGUUGCAAAUUCAAUAUUAGGGCAGUCAAAUAACGGAUUCAACGGAGAGAUUAUUAGGCGUAUUUUCGUAAUUUUUUUUACCUUAUUAUUGUGAUCAAUAAAAAACGAUGGUCUUUACGUUACAAAAAAUAACCGUUCUGUUUUCAAGAAGGAUCUGUACUUUAAGUGAUCUAUAUUAUUUUUCCUCCAUUUUUGUAUUUAGCUUAGGUACUAUACUAUUACUUAUUUAUAUAAUGAGUGAGCCGUAUUAAAAAUAAUAAAAUUGUAA